AUGGAACCUUUGCCUCAUAAAGUUGAAAUUCGGGUGCCCUUUCCCUCAGAGCAAGAUGCUAAGCUAUGUAUGCAAGUACUAGCACCAGAUCGGGAGCUCAAAGAAGAUCAUGUCGCUAGGACACUUUCUUUGGACGGAAAUUAUCUAAUUGCCAAGUACUUUUGCUCAUCUGCUAGGAUGACCAGAGUCACCCUAAACUCAUUUUUCGAAAACUUGCACUUAGUUGUUGAUUCUAUGCAUGAAUUAUGUUCCUUGUAA